UUAAGUGAAAAACAUUCUGUGCAAUCAACUAAAUCCGUCAAUAAUGAAUGCAUUUCUCCUGCUGACUGCCCUAUUGGGAUUUGCUUUCGCUGUGGACUACUGUGCCUUGCCCACCUGCCUGGACAAGCACAUUGCCUGCAACAACAAGGGAGAGUUCAGUGAGGAGUGCCCUAAGAGUGUGCGAGAGGUAAAGAUUCAGCCACAUGAGAAGUUAAUCCUAAGUCUGUUCAAUGAGCUGCGAAAUAAUGUUGCUGGUGGCGGCAUUGAGGGUCUGCCCAGAGCAGUGCGCAUGGCAAAGAUGACAUGGUGCGAGGAGCUCACCCAUCUGGCUCUGUUCAACGUGAAGACGUGCCAGUCUCUGCCAGACAAGUGCCGCAGUACCGAACGCUUCGCCUAUGCCGGGCAGAAUAAUGCCAUCUUCAGUUAUAGUGGUGCUGAGUCUGAGUACACAGAUGCUGAGAUAAUUAAGGAACAGAUUGAGAACUGGUUCAAGGAGCGCGCUAAUACAUCGCCUGACAUGCUGGCCAGCUUCCCCGAGGAGUUGCCCAACAGGAAUGUGGCCAAGUUCACCAUUGCCGUUGCCGAGAAGAACACCCAUUUGGGCUGUGCCGCUGUGAGAUUCUCUCGCGACUAUUACAACCACUUCGUGCUGACCUGCAACUUUGCCACCACGAACUUCGUUGGCCAGCCUGUGUACACUCCCGGCGAGAAGGCCACCACUGGCUGCAGGAAUCGCUAUGGUGCCGCUUUCGACUAUCCCAAUCUGUGCUAUGCCAAGGAGAUUUACGACAAUGAGCAGGUGAUUACCGAUGUGAGGUUGCCUUAGUAACUGGAAGGACAUGGAUUUAUGUAUCUUAACUUUUUACAUGUAAAAAUGAUAUAUGAAUGAAUAUGAAUGAUGAUUCAAAUAUAACAGUAAGGUAUGCAAUUCAA